AUUAGCGUUGGUUUCAUUGGAUAUCCGAAUGUUGGGAAGUCCUCCAUUGUCAACACUCUUCGUAAGAAGAAAGUAUGUAAAACAGCACCGAUAGCGGGAGAAACUAAGGUAUGGCAAUAUGUCAUGCUUAUGCGAAGGAUUUAUAUGAUAGAUUGUCCGGGAGUGGUGUACCCGCAAGGCGACUCGGAAACACAGAUCAUUCUCAAAGGAGUUGUUCGCGUUGAAAAUGUGAAAGACCCGGAAAAUCACGUACAGGGAGUGCUUGACCGUGUAAAGCCUGAACAUUUGAAAAAACAGUAUGGAAUUGAAGAUUGGACUGAUGCAGAGGAUUUUAUGACAAAAGUCGCGGUAAAGCAAGGUCGUCUUUUGAAGGGUGGAGAACCUGAUAUUACUGCCGUAGCAAAAGCUGUACUGAAUGAUUUUCAACGUGGUAAACUACCAUAUUUUGUUGUUCCACCUGGCUGUCAGGAGCGGGCUAAGAAGGAUUAUAAUGAGGCUCCCAUAACUGAAACAUGUGUGGAUGAUGCGGAUGUCGUAGUUGGAGCAGAUAGCGAAACUGGUGACGCGAAUGAGGACGACGGUGAAGAAGGUAUUUCGAGUAAGCAAGAAGAUAGCAAUAACGUCGAGGAAAUGGAUGAGGACGACGAGUUGACUGAUGUCGGUUCACUUUGUUCCGGUCUCAGUGAUCUCUCCGGGGUUAGUGAUCUGGAAGAGGAUCUUGAUGCCAUGCACUCCGACGAGGAGGAGAAGGAGAGGAAGAAAGCAGAGGAAAAUAUGUCGGAAACCGGAAAACGAGCUCGAGGAGUUCGUGCUGGCAAAAAACAUGCGAAAAAGCAGCGCCUGACUGGAAAGUCGAUCGUCCAAGCAGCGGGAGAAAUAUCGAAAUCAUCCGGAGUUGUUGACUUUGGCUCAAAGAAUACUAAAGCAAAUAAGAGUAAUCAGUGGUGGCGAAAACUGCAGAAGAAGCAUAAAUUUUGCCCUCAAAUAGACAUCAUUUUGGGAUACAAUUGCACGAAAGUGUGUUUCAACACGUUACCGCGAAACGGAUUUGAUAUGGAUGAUGCGGCUACCGCAUGUGAAGAUCGAUAUGAUCAAGAAUAUGGUAAGCUAGGCUCUAAAGUGGCUAGUUACGGAUUGACCUAUGUACCUUAUUAUUUGAUUUAUUUUUGUUGGGAUUAA